AUGGCCUCCAUUCUGUCUCUCCGAGACAAUGGGGUCGCACUAUCGACCCGACACCUCGAGUAUGAUGUCGGGUUUGUCUUCAGCGCGAUCCUCACCUUCAGCGCUGGCUCCGUUCUAUCGUACUUGCUUGUACAACGAAUACUUGUUGCAAAAUGGUGGCGUCUACCAUUUGUCGCCUGGGUGGUCCUGUCUAUCUAUGGUGUUUCAUGGGGUUUCGUGUUCGCGUCGACCAUCGUCAACUAUGGGAUAGGAGUCAACUCGAGCCUAGGCGCCUGCUCGGCCGCGAUCCUCAUAUGCCUAUUCUGCUACGCUAACUCAAAAUGUAUCUAUUUGUUUCUCGUCGAAAAGGCGUUCAUCAUCCGAGGCGGCACGAAACGGAGACUCGAGUCUAAGCUAUACAUUUUCAACUCGUUCGGUAUAAUGACACUAUACAUGGUCGUGGGCGGCUUAAGUUUCUUCUACCGUAUGGUCCGCAUGGAAAAUGGACACUGCAUCAUUGGAAUACAAAACCCGGGGCUGGUGCCUCUUAUAGUACUCAGCAUCGUGGCUAACGUUUACAUCACGUUAUUAAUUAUAAACCCAUUUCGAGGUAUUCCCCUUUUUAAGGGACUUUCCAAUGGGACGGCCAACCCUCCUAGACUGCGCGCAGCGGCCACGCGUACUGCUACCGGCGCGCUAUGUACUAUGAUAUCCGGUGUAAUAAACUUUUCGGUUCUCAUGGCACUCCAAGGCGAACCCGGAUGGAUAUUCCUCACGUGUUGUAACGCGGAUAUCUUAUUCUCUACAUUAGUCAUCUACUGGGUAACAGCUCGCGACAACUCCAGCGCCAUCGAAUCGGCUCCCACGGCCUCCCCGUCCGCCUCUUCUAACACCCCAUCCGAUAAGCGCUCCUCGCGCCGGCCCCACUCGGCCUCCAUGACCUCACCCCUAUCCUCCGCCCUGUCCUCGCGACGGAGCCAGAAAAAAUUCACCAUCUCUCUCCCACUCAACACCACCAGCUCCUCCCAGUACGAGCACAUCUUCGGCGAGCCCGAGCCCGAGACCGAAACCGAAAUCGUGAGUGCCGCCAGUGCGAGCACAAGAAGAAGCAACAGCGCUGCUGCUGCGGGCGCAAGCACGGCUGGCCCCUCCGCCUCGACCUCGACUUCCACACGAAGAUACAAACCCGGCUCAUUCGGUUCCGCUGAUAUCGAUUAUCGCCUGUUCGCCUGCAACAACGGCAGCAUGGAGGACAUAGCCCUGGACGACACACCGGAUACUAACAACAACCACAAUGACAGGGGCGGUCACGGAAACGGAAACGGCAAGGGAAAAGCCAGUGACUGGCGAAGAAUAAGCAGCAUGCGCAUAGCAACGGAAGACAACGACCAUCACCGCCUCCUCCGGCUCCAUCACCAGCAACAACAAGAGCAAAAGCAAAAGCAAUCACAAACCCACCCACCAGAACUACCAGCGGACCUCCAAGGCGACGCUCCCAGACAAGAGCUCCGCAACGCGGCUGCCGCGACCUCGGCGGCGAUGACCGCGGACCUCGAGCGCAUCCGGAAGUACCGCCGGCAGCGGUACGGGUCCGCGGGCAGGAUGACGUCGACGACGCAUUCGCCUUCUACUUCGCAAUCACAGGCACAGGCACAGGCAAAGGGGGAGAAGACACCAUCCCAACCCCAGACACAGACACCGGUAAAAGCAGAGACCGAAACAAAGGCAGAGUCAAAGGCAAAAGCAAAGGCAAAGGCAAAGGUAGUAGACUCGGCAGCAAUAGGCGUAGCAGUAGCAGUGCCAGCACCUCAACCACCCAAAUCACCCAAAUCCCCUAAAUCCCCUCCCCCUCCCCCUCCUCCUCCUCCACCGCCCCCGCCCCCACUACGCCACUCAUCUACCCAAGCCUACCGCAUCAGCCACCUAGCCUUCGAGGGCGACGACAUCAUGCGCUGGAACGUGCUUGCGGGGAUGGAGGAAGGCUCGGGGAGCGGUAGUAGUAACAGGAAUAGCGCUGCUGGUAGUGCUGGAGCCGGGAGCAGGGUUGGUAGUGGCGUUGGUGCUGGGAAGGGGGUUGAUCAUCCUGCGUGGAUUUGA